UAGCGAACACAAGCACCCCGACCAGCAGGAUCAUGUCCAGUAUGUGCCUGAGGGAUACGCCCACUUCCUCAUGUCCAGGCGAGACCACCGCGAGGACCACCCGGCAGCGGGAAUGACAAUGACAACUAUGAUGAUGAGGAGGAGGACCUCCAGUGAGGAAGCUGAGGAUACAGAGAACACGGAAGACCCUCCCUCCACCGCAGACGUGUCGGGGGGCUCCAGUCAGAGGCGUAAGCUUGCGGCGCCGCCUAUGAAUGUGUCGCUGGAGCGGAAGGAAGGCUCACUGCUCUCAGAGCACGCCCUGGACACGGACGAAGACGAGGCGGCUCUGGACACCGGAGACGACCUGGACGUUGACAUCGAGCGGCUGGACACAUCUGAGGAGGAGCGCGACCAAUCCGUCCCUCCGACGGGGGGCCAGGAGGUGCACGAGGAUAGUCGGCUGUGGAGGAGCGUGGUGAUUGGCGAGCAGGAGCAUCGCAUCGACAUGAAGUGCAUUGAGGCGUACAAGAGGGUCAUCUCUCAUGGAGGUUAUUAUGCCGAGCAGAACGCCAUCAUCGUGUUUGCAGCCUGCUUCCUGCCUGACAGCGACUGUGACAGUUACAACUAUGUCAUGGAAAACCUCUUCUUGUACGUUAUAAGCACCUUGGAGUUAAUGGUGGCAGAGGACUACAUGAUUGUCUACCUGAACGGUGCCACGCCUCGCCGCAGGAUGCCCGGCUUUACGUGGAUGAAGAAGUGCUACCAGAUGAUUGACAGGAGGCUGAAGAAGAACCUGAAGAUGUUCAUCAUCGUCCAUCCCUCCUGGUUCAUCAGAACACUACUGGGCAUCACCAGACCUUUCAUAAGUUCCAAGUUCAGCAGUAAACUCAAGUACGUGAGCAGCCUGCAGGAGUUGGGACACAUAAUCCCCAUGGAGUACGUCCACAUUCCGCCCAGCAUCGUCAAGUCUGACAGAAAAAGGAGUUUGGCCGUUUGACAAAAAUGGAUCUUCACGUGAGAUUGCCCAUCUUCCCAUCAGAGGGGAGGAGGUUGCGCUGAGGCAUUAACAAAAAAACACCACGUCACUGUGUAUAACGUAGGUGAGGUGCUCUCAAGACUGAACUAAAUGAGGUUUACAUUGGAAUCCUUUUAUUACUAUUUACCACUUGACUAAUACGUCUUUCCUUUGAAUUUACUGUAUAAGUAUAUUUUUAUUUGUUUUUACCAUAAAUAACCUCUCAUACAUUGUCAGUCAUUCAACAAUGUCGGAGUUUACAAAAAAUCCACACACAUAAUGAAUCUAUGGACUGUAAUUAUGGAGAGGCUAAUUGAAGUCAGUGACCAAAUAUCGGUUUAAAUCAGGGGUGGUAGGAAGACUGAUAUGGCUUCGACUGGGGAAAAAAAGCUUCCUUGCAAUUCCGUGUCAUUGUAAUUGUCAGAGAAGUUUCUUCAAAACAACUGAGACAAGCCUGAGGACUGUAUCGAAGUGAACUCACACCAACCAAGAUUGUCCUUUUCUGCUCGCGAGGGACAGCAGAGCAACUCACUGGGAGAGUGCUCGCCAAGUCUGUCAAAUAAUUGCUGCUCCCGUCCUGCUGUUUAUUUGAAGCAAAGCAGGAUGCAACACAGUGGAACUUUACCGAAAUGCGCAAGUGCACCGGAAAAAUGCUUAGAUCGUUUUCUAUUAUUCUAACAGUUUCUAACAGACAGCAUAGUUACACGUCUACUUGAGCAAGUGUGAACCAGACAGCUUCCUUGUCUCAUCCGCAAAUCUGCGUGGGCGAAUUUCUACAAAAUGGGAAUAUGCUUGAAACAUGAUAACUAUAAUAGUAAUAAAUUCUUUCACAGUAAUAUAUUACAACAAUACAGCAAUUGCGUGAUAUAUUGGAAGAAAACCAUCUAUGAUACAUUGCAGUGUAUAUGUAAUAGAAUGUAAAAGAAAAUCAGACAACUACUGUAUUAUCUCAAGAUUUGAUGCUUGUGUAACGAUAUACUUUGUUUCAUUCGUCCUGAUCGAAGACGGUGUGUAACGAUGCACCAAUUGCAUGAUAACCGAUAAAUUGGAAAAAAUCUGCCAUACAUGCUGAUAUCUACAGUAUGUCACUAAAUAAGGGAAGGUCAUACACAAAAAAUACUAAAAGAAAUACUGCAGUAACUGUUGCAGUAACUAUUGCAAACCGUUUUAACAUUUACUGCAACAGUUAGACUGUUUUGCAGAUAUCUUUUUGCCUCGUCAAAAAGAACAUUACAGGUAUUGUAACUACAUUCUUCCUACCCAUAAUUGGUAUGGCCGAUAUCUGCAACAUCAUUUCGCCUAGGACAAAUGACGUCACUUUCGCCAUCUGUGGGGUUUCUAAUUACAGAUAUUUACAAUUCAGUGGCAGAUAUGGACCAUGUGAAUUAGGGAUAUCUGAAACGGAAUU